AUGGUAGUAGAGAGAGUGGAGAGAGAGAGAGUAGGUGAUAAUUCUGGAAAGAAGAAAGAAGAAAGAAGAAAGAAGAAAGAAGUAGAGAUUUUGGAGAAUUGUUGUUGUUUUGAUCAAUUUACUUCUAUGACAGAAGAUCGCUCGGAAAUGGCGAAGGAUGUUGAGCGGUAUCUGCAGCUGGAUCCACGCUCCGCCGCUAUUCCUGAACCACCUUCCUCCUCUUCUUCCUCCGCCGCUGCAUUAAAUCCCGUCGUAUCUUCCGCUAACAACUCCCGGAGCUGCAAACCUUCUGCGCCGGUCGCUCAACCGCCGUGUCCAGACCAUGUCCUCGAGAACGUUCUGGAGAACGUGCUUCAGUUCCUCACCUCCAGAUGCGAUCGCAACGCAGUGUCACUGGUGUGCAGAUCGUGGUAUCGGGUCGAGGCCCAGACCCGAUUCGAGGUCUUCAUCGGCAACUGUUACUCGCUCUCCCCCGCGCGUCUCGCUCGCCGGUUCAAGCGCGUUAGGUCACUGGUGCUCAAGGGGAAACCUAGGUUUGCUGAUUUCAACCUCAUGCCUUCCGACUGGGGAGCUCAAUUCGCGCCUUGGGUUGCUGCAACAGCCAAGGCUUACCCUUGGCUAGAGAAGGUCAAUUUGAAGCGGAUAAUUGUCACGGACGAUGAUUUAGCGCUUCUGGCUCAGUCGUUUCCUGGGUUCAAGGAGCUUAUCUUGCUCUGUUGCGAAGGUUUUGGGACCAGUGGUCUCGCUGUUGUUGCUAACAAGUGCAGACGGCUAAAAGUCCUUGAUGUGAUCGAGUCAGAAGUCACCGAUGACGAGGUGGAUUGGAUUUCUUGUUUCCCCGAAGGUGAAACGCAUCUGGAGUCUCUAUCUUUCGACUGUGUAGAAUCCUCUAUCAACUUCAAGGCGUUGGAAGGGCUCGUGGUGAGGUCACCGUUCUUGAAGAAGCUUAGAACGAACAGGUUUGUGUCACUUGAAGAGCUGCAUCGGCUAAUGGUUCGAGCGCCGCAGUUAACGAGUCUCGGGACUGGCUCAUUCAGUCCAGAUAAUGCCUCUCCGGGCGAGCAAGAACCGGAUUAUGCAUCUGCUUUUCGUGCUUCUAAAUCCAUAGUUUGUCUCUCGGGAUUCAGGGAUUUGGCGCCGGAAUACCUUCCAGCUAUCUCUCCAGUUUGUGCUAAUCUCACCUCUCUUAACUUCAGUUAUGCUAACAUUUCUCCUGACAUGCUCAAGCCCAUCAUAAGCAACUGCCACAAUCUCCGAGUCUUCUGGGCUCUUGACUCGAUAUGCGAUGAAGGACUAGAGGCAGUGGCUGCAACAUGCAAGGAGCUCCGUGAGCUUCGGGUUUUCCCUUCCGAUCCUCGUGAAGACAGCGAAGGUCCUGUCUCGGGAAUAGGCCUCCAAGCGAUUUCAGAAGGUUGCAGGAAACUAGAAUCUAUCUUGUACUUUUGCCAGCGGAUGACUAAUGGAGCUGUGACAGCCAUGUCUGAGAACUGUCCCCAGCUUACGGUGUUUAGGCUAUGCAUAAUGGGUCGCCAUAGGCCUGACCACGUGACAGGAAAGCCAAUGGACGAUGGAUUUGGUGCCAUUGUUAAAAAUUGCAAGAAGCUAACCCGACUUGCAGUAUCGGGAUUACUGACCGAUGAAGCUUUUAGCCUUAUAGGAGAGUACGGGAAAUUGAUCCGCACGUUGUCUAUAGCUUUUGCUGGGGACAGUGACAUGGCUUUGAGAUAUAUUCUUGAUGGUUGUCCUAAACUACAAAAGCUUGAAAUCAGGGACAGUCCCUUUGGGGACGUUGGAUUGCGCUCUGGUACGCAUCGGUAUAACAAUAUGAGGGACGGUAUGGCCUUUGGGAUGAUUGACGACCACCGGAUUCUUGUAAGAAUCUAUCAGCUGGAUUCCGUAAGAUUCGAUCAUCAUCUGGAAAAUUUGCAAACCGCUUGGAUAGAGAUCAUCAACAUACCUAAAAAGUGGAGGGAGGGAGUUUCGAGGGAGGACGAGUACGCAUUGUCCGCCACCUUGAUUGAUUACCUGAGAAAACCCAAUGAGACCAUCAAAGGGACCAAGCUUCAUCAUACGAUCCUCUAG